AUUUUAAAAUAAUUUUUCCCCAAUUUCUCACUCAGUAAUAUUGUGAGACAUGGAGGUGACGGAGGAGAAUCUCGCACGUCUGGUUGAAGUCCUGACACACACCCUCUCUCCAGAUCCUACACAAAGGAGGUCAGCGGAACAGUUCCUGAGCCAGGUUGAGGGCAAUGAGAACUACCCUGUGCUACUACUUACCCUCCUUACAAGAGAUGAAUCACAAGUGCCAGCCAAUAUCAAACUUGCUGCGAGUAUCAACCUCAAAAAUUUGGUCAAAAGAUAUUGGGUUGUGGACGAAGAUGGAACCAAUCGCAUCAGUGCAAAUGACCGCAUUGUCAUCAAGAGGGAGAUUGUGGACCUCAUGCUGCGGUCACCGGAAGGGGUCCAGAGGCAGCUGUCAGAGGCCAUCUCCAUCAUUGGCAAGUCAGACUUCCCACACCAGUGGCAAGAGCUGAUCCCAUACAUGGCUGAUAAGUUCAAGUCAGGGGACUUCAAUGUUAUCAAUGGAGUGCUGCAGACCUCGUACUCUGUGAUGCGACGAUACGAGUUUGAACACAAGUCUGAAGAACUGUGGCGAGAAAUCUUGUUUGUGUUGAAUAACUUUGCCCAGCCACUGACAAAUCUUCUUGUGGAAUUGAUGAAAUUCGCUGGGGAGAAUGUCAACAAUGGAGAUGCCCUGAAGGUGAUCUUUGCCUCCCUGGUGUCUGUGGGGAAGCUGUUCCUGGCACUCAACUCGCAGGACUUACCCGAGUUCUUUGAGGAUAAUAUGGCUGUGUGGAUGGAAAAUUUCCUCACCCUCCUCAACUUCUCAAGCCCUCUUCUGAUGUCAGAUGAUGAUGAAAUUGGUGUGUUGGAGCAGGUUAAGAGCCAAGUUUGUGAGGAUAUCACCCUAUAUGCCUCCAAAUAUAGAGAGGAAUUUGAACCCUUCAUUGAAAGAUUUGUGACAGCUGUAUGGAACCUCUUAUCAACAACCACUCUUGCUGUUAAGUUUGAUCAGAUGGUGAGCCAUGCCAUCCAGUUCUUGUGUGCUGUUGCUGAGAGGGAUCACAGCAAAGGUCUUUUUGAAAAUGAGCAAGUUCUGUCAGGGAUAUGUGAAAAAGUGAUUCUCCCAAACAUGCAUUUGAGACCUUGUGAUGAGGAAUUGUUUGAGGAUAGUCCCGACCAGUGGGUGUCCCAGGAAUUGGAAGGAGCCGAUUCAGAGACUCGCAGGAGAGCUGCUGUUGACUUUGUCAGAGUGCUGUCAAGACACUUUGAAGCUAGAAUGACACAGGUGUUUGGGCAGUAUGUCCAGUCAAUGUUAGCCACAUAUGGAGAGAAACCAAAUGAGUGUUGGAGAAAUAAAGUAGCAGCCAUUUACCUUGUGACAACACUUUCGGCCAAGGGACAUACUGCUCGCCAUGGAGCCACUCAGAUUAAUGAGUUGGUUAACAUCACAGAAUUCUACCAAAAUCACAUCCUUCCAGAGUUACAGAAUCAAGAUGUCAACCGCUUGCCAGUGCUGAAAGCUGAGGCCAUCAAAUAUGUCAUCAGCUUCCGCAGUGCUCUUCCUUUUGAUGCUGUCAAACUGUGCAUCCCAGAUCUUGCCCGUCUCAUAACUGCCCAGUCACCUGUUGUGCACACCUAUGCAGCAGCAGCCAUUGACAAGGUCUUCCUUCUCAAACUGAACAAUCAGCCCAUGGUACAAAAGAAUGAUGUUUCACCAUCAGCAGCAGUGCUUUACGCAAACCUCCUUGGAGCAUUGACUAUACAGGGUUCAGAACAGAAUGAGUAUGUAAUGAAAGCCAUGAUGAGAGUGACAAGCAUCAUUGAAGGAGAUUUGAUGCAACAUGCUGGUCUUGUUGUACCUCAGCUUGUUGUCAAGUUACAGCAAGUUGCAAAGAAUCCCACAAAACCACAUUACGUCCAUUAUUUAUUUGAAACUCUGUCUCUGGUCAUCAAAACUGUCUGUAAUUCUGUGGAUGGUGCUGUAGGAGAGUUUGACAGGAAUCUCUUCCCAGUCUUCCAGGAAAUCUUGCAGAAUGAGAUUGAUAGCCUUAUCCCAUAUAUAUUUCAGAUCAUCUCUCUCUUACUGGAAAGACAAAAAGCUGAAGUUCCAGAGGCUUACCUAUCAUUGUUGCCUUUCUUAGUAAUGCCAGUGUUAUGGGAGAGACCAGGCUAUGUGGUGCCCAUGGUGAGGCUGUUACAAGCAUACAUUGAAAAGGCUCAUGGCCAAAUAGUGCAGAUGGGCAAGCUGGAAGCUGUUCUUGGUGUAUUCAACAAGCUUAAUGCAUCCAAGACAAAUGACCAUGAAGGGUUCUAUCUUGUCCAGUGUAUGCUCUUGCAUAUGCCCAAGGAAGUCCUUGACAGUUAUUGGAAUCAGAUCUUUGCCAUUAUGUUUAGGCGCUUGACUUCAAGCAAAACCACAAAGUAUGUAAAAUCUCUCUUGGUAUUCUUUAGCUUGUUUGCUUGUCAGCAUUCAGGAGCACGCCUCAUACAGAUUAUCGAUAGCCUCCAGGCAGGAAUGUUUAGCAUGGUUGUUGAAAGAUUGAUUGUGCCUGACCUGCAGAAGGUCUCUGGUGAAAUAGAGCGUAAGAUAUGUGCAGUUGGUCUCAGUGGAUUGCUGGCAGAUCCUACUUUGUACAAUGGUAGUUAUGCAGCACUUUGGGCCCCAUUACUAGAGGCAGUUGUGAAAUUAUUUGAGUGUCCUGAAGAUAGUUCUUUGCCUAAUGGGGAACAUUUCAUUGAAAUUGAAGACAUUCCAGCUUUCCAAGGUUCAUCAGCCAGAUUAAUGCAUGCAGCCAGAAGUGAUAUAGACCCCCUAAAGGGACAAGUAGAAAACCCUCCAGUUUUCUUAGCACAACAGCUCUCUCAGUUAUCGCAAACUCACCCUGGCACUCUCCAAGGGCGCCUUGCACAGAUGAACACCGAGGUACAGGCGCACAUCAUGAAGUAUUUACAGAUGGCAGGAUGCAGUCUGGCAUAAAAAAGUUGGAAGCAUUUGUAUUCUGUGAUUUUUUUCCAAUUGAUUUUAUACAUUAAGCAUGGCAACAAUAAGCUGUUUAGUUGCUUGGGUACAUUUACAAGGUGAUACAUUUCUUCCUUCCCAGAUUUACAAACACUGCUUUGCCUGCUAUUUAAAAUAGUAUGUAUGUUGCCUUAUGUUGAACCUGUCCCCAUUAUUACUUUGAUGGUGAUGUCCUGAGAGACCAGUGAUAUUUAAAAGGAAGCAAAAGAAAUAUACCAAUGAAACUAUAAUCACAAUUGGUUUUUAUUGUUAUUAUUCAGGAUCUGACUGUAUAUUUCAUCUCUGUGAUCCUUUUGUGACUUCAUAACACCAGUACAAUCUUUUGUAUUCUUCAAUUCUUUUCUUUCCUUUAUUUUAAUUUCAGAUCAUCUUUUUGUCAGACUAUAAGUUCCCACAAUGUGGGCUUCCCUUUAGGUUUUACUUUCUUAUUUCUACUUUUUUUUUUCAUAGUCAUGCCUUUGGAGCAUUUAUUAUAGUAAACUGUAAUAAAAUA